CGGGCAUUGAGAGCAUUUGGCUUCUCGGAGGGCUCCUUUCUGCGAUUUCGGUGCCCCUUUGACCACUCCAUCGCUCUCGCUCUCUCUAUCCUUCCCUCUGUGUGUCUGUCUGGCUAUGGCGUUUUUUCUUCCUCAACCUUUCUCUCGUCGCUGUUAAGGAUAUGGUGGCUGCGGCUACCAGUGGCCUCGUGCCUGCGAGGAUCUGGGAGUGGAGUGGGACUGUGCUGCGGCAUGGUUUAGCAGCGUAGAAUAUGUUCUUGUGCGGUGGAAGGGCGGAGAGUGUGAUGAGAGGGAAGUGGUGGUUGCGGCGACGUGGAGUUGAUUUUGAUGUUGGAGGCCGGUGGUUGUUUCCUAGAGCGGAGAAGAAGCACGCGUGAGGGCUUAGAGGAUAGGGAGAAGGUGUAGCGGGUGACGGAAAAGUGAAGCAGAGCGGAGAGGUGAGAGGAGGAAAGGACGGCGGGAUUAGAGGGAUCGAGGAACUUAAGAUCAGAGGAGGAAAUGUCAUGCAUGAGUCUCAAAACGAGGAGAGGCAGCAGCAGCAGCAUCAGGAGCAGCACAUGUGUUCUCCCCCCUCACAACGCUCAUCUGUUGAGAACCCCGCCGACCAAAGAGUAUUUACUAAGGACGGACGAGCUCUCAACAUUGGAGAUUGCGCACUUUUCCAGUCAGGGAAUGAUCUCCCGUUCAUCGGGAUAUUACGUAAAGUGACCCUUGAGACAGUUGACCAAGUAAAAUUGACUGUUAAUUGGUUGUAUCGAGAGAAGGACAUAAAGCUAGCUAAAGGAUCAGUGCCUGAAGCAGAGCCAAACGAAAUAUUUUACUCGUUUCACAGGGAUGUUAUUCCAGAAGCGACGCUGCUGCAUCCUUGUAGAGUCGCAUUUUUACAGGAAGGAGUUGAAGUACCUACCGGAGUUUCUUUUGGAUUCGCCUGUCGAAGAGUCUACGAUACCGCAAACAAGCGUUUGUAUUGGCUUUCAGAUCGAGAUUACACCAAUGAACACCAGGAGGAGGUAGAUGAACUCUUGGAUAGAACAAAGCUGGAGAUGCAGGCAGCUACACAGACAGGGGGGCCUUCUCCAAGGAAUUUAACAGGAUCUGCAACAGUCCAACUAUUGAAAGGUGUGAGCGAAUCCGUGCAAAAUGGUUCCUACUCAGCAGCUGGGAAGUGCAAGAAACGGGAACGUUCUGAUCAAAAUGUUGACCUCACUAAGCGGGAACGGAAUUUGAAGCCUGAGGAUGCAGAGGGCAGUCCCUUGAAGCGCGAGCGCAGCAUGAAGCCUGAAGAGAUCAUUACUAAUCUGGAUAAGGAUGGGGGCCUCGUAGAUUUGACUGGUGUGGAAUCUUUAGUCCAGCAAAUGCAGCAAGAUCAGAAUGAUGGUAGCAAGAAAGUGGCAGAUGUUACUAAUCGUCGUACCAAGUUAGCAAAUAUAAUUGCUGCAACUGAGAAAGAAGAGUGCCUCACCGGGUUCUUAAAAUUAGGAGGAUUACGGUUACUUGACGAAUGGUUACAAGAAGCUCAUAAAGGCAAAGUAGGAGAUGUCGGUAGUCCGAGGGAAGGAGACAAGAGUGUUGAGGAAUUGCUGUUAGGCCUUCUUCGAGCUCUGGACAAGCUCCCUGUAGAUUUGAAUGCGUUGAAGACAUGUGUUGUUGGUAAAUCUGUGAAUCACUUGCGAGGUCACAAAAACGUGGAAAUCCAGAAGAAGGCCAGAAAGUUGGUAGAUGUUUGGAAGAAGCGUGUGGAUUCAGAAAUGAAGCUGUCAGGUGAAGGAAAGCCGACUGGAGGAAAUGGGAUUUGGUCGUCAUGUAAGCUGCCACAAUCUGAGCCAGUUCAUAAUAUAUCAAUGAAGGAUUCGUCGGGUCCUCUUGAGGUAGUCGUGAAAACAUCUGUAGCCACUGCAGGUAAUGCGAAAGACGUACAGAAUGGUCCAAGCAGCGGAGAUGGUCCUGCUAAAACCCCAGAAGUAUCUGGAAAAGUUGGUUCUCCUCCUCUACCUGCUGGUAAAGAUAGUAGUUCAAAGCUUCCUGCAGUGAAUUUUGGUUCUGAUGUGCAUGCAGACAUGGUAAAAGAUGAGAAGAGUAGUUGUUCGAGUCAUUCUCUUAGCAAUGGGCAUUAUUUGGUCAGUGGAACAGAGAAGAGCGCUACCACGCCUCGGAAAGAGGAGGUUAAGAAUGGUGUUGUGGUUUCUGGAAAAUCUGGUGGUAGUAGCUCAGGGCUGCCGAGCUUGGGGCAAUCUGGAGUAAAUGCGUCAGGUGGUUUGAAGGAGGCUGGUUCUGAUAAACCUACUGUCUGGAGUAAGAAUACAGCGUCUGAGAAAGCAGGCAGUCCAGUGGGAGGUGCAGAGAAAGAUGUGGAGUCAGGAGGUUCUCAGCAGCGCCUCAUCGUGCGAAUACCAAAUCCUGCGCGUAGUCCUGCACCGACGAGCGGUGGAACGGAUGAUGAUCAUGUUAGCAGAAGCUCUUCUCCAAGCGCUUCGGAACUUCAAACGUCCGCUAAUUUUGAUAAGUCGCAACAAAAUGAGGCCACAGAAAUUACAAAUCCCUCAGCAAGGCCGUCAAGACCUGCUCCCAUGGAUACAGCCGAUGGAGCAAUGGGCUUGUUAGCUACCGUUGCAGCUGCUGCUGAGGAGUCGGGAGGAGAAUUUCUUAACAAUGUUGACAGCACAGGUCAGGCAGACACGAGGAUGGAUGCCAUUGUUCAGAGGACAAAACAUGAAGAUACAGGAGCAACGCAAAGCUACGCAGAUCAUGAUCCCUCACCAAGUGUCGGUCCUGGAGAUGGAAAGAGCGUUCGAAAGGAACAGCAGAUUGCUAGUGUCGCACCUGAGCAGUCUGCUGUAGCUGAGAAGACUGUGGAAAGGCACAGUUUGCGUAGAGAUGCGGCUAGUGGGGAAGGGAUACGAAUGGAUAGCUCUAGUGCAAAGUUGACGGUGGAUCAUCCUUGUUUGAAAGAGCAUAAGGUGAAAGACAUAAAUGGUCUGGAGAGUAAGCCUGCUGGUUUUGAUGGGCAACUUAGUAGUAAGUUUGGGACAAGGACGGGAGAAAGGGGGUUGUCACGCACUCACUCAAUGGUUUCCAAGUCUGCUAUUGAACUCUGCAAUGGUAUAGGCGUCGGAUUGGGAGAUUUCAGGUCUCCCUUUGGAGUAGCAUCUGUAGAGCAUCUGAAGGAUGAAAGGCCGGGCAGAAAGAGAGGUCAAGAAGUAGGUCAGUUGUUUGGGAGAAGAAGCGAGUCUGAUGCGCAUCGAAUCGCGGACCUGGGGUUCCCGGAGGAGGACGUACUAGAAGUCGCUAGGCAGGCUGCAGACGAGGUGGAGCAGAUGGAAAAAUACGGAAAACCUGUAUCUAGCUCAUUAUCGGACAGAGAUGCACAUGAGAAUAGACACGUGGGCAUUUCUUCAGCAACUGAAACGAGAGAUCUAGGUGUUGCCGACGCAGCUGGUAGGGACAGAAUGCCCUCUGUGGUACUUGACAAUGCAAAAAAUGCCAAGGCCAGUACCCUGGAUCAGCGCUAUUCUGAGAUAAACGUGCGGAUGCAUUUCGAUGAUACCAGAGAGGACACGGAACAUAAGAUAGGUGGCACUGCAGAAGCUACAGCUGGUUCAUUGGAGGGUCACGAGCCGGAUGCGUCAAUUUCUGGGCAGAGGGGCGUUGUGGUCUCUGCUUCUUCACCCAUAGCACAGGAAUCAUACGUGUCGCUGGAAACUAGCCCACAAGAUUCAAGAGGGGUAAAUCCAAACACACCACAACAAGCUGUAGAAAGUUGUGGUCCCGUUGAAGGUCCAGUAGGAAGGAGUGAGGUGGCUGAGCGCCCUAUUUUUGAUUUGAACGAGGGUUUUAUGGGAGAUGACAGUCCUCAGGAUGACGCUGCCACACCUCUACCUGUUUCAGGGCCCUCUACUUUGGUCCAUCCUAUAGCUUCUGGAGCCUCAGCAAGUGCAGUUGCUGCUCCCAUUGCUGUCCUUGUUGCCACUAAAGGAGCUUUUAUCCCUCCUGCGAGCCCUUUGAGGAUUGAAGGAGAUCGUGGGUGGAAAGGUUCUGCGGCAACUAGUGCUUUCCGUCCAGCAGAGCCUCGUCGUACACCCGAGAGGCUCAAUUCUAAUGGAGAAAGCAUGGCCUCGGAUGGGAGCCUAGCCAUGACGGCCAUCUCGCAGAAGCGGGCCAGGCCGCUUUUGGAAUUUGACCUAAAUGUGGCGGAUGAGAGGGUCACCCAUGAUGCUGUGAUUUCAGCAACCACCUUGUCCUCUCAGGGUUCAGUCUUAGGGAUGUCUUUGCAUAGCAAUUCCGUACCAUCUAGCUUGGUGUCAGGCUUAACUUGCGUAAAGCCAGAGAGUUCACGUGUGGCAUUUUUGAAACCGGAGAGUUCUAGUUCAGCGUAUCCCCUCUCUAACGGUGGCAGUGGACCGCUGCGGAGCAGUCAAGGGCAAGUCCCUCCUACUAUUGGACAAGGCGUUAUGCGGUCCACCUUGGACUUAGAUUUGAAUCGAAUGGAUGAUAGUGAAGAUAACUGCGUGCCUUUGUCUGUAGACCCGCGAGGAAUUAUGGAGGGGAUUGGCUCGUCGGCACGGAGCAACAACAGCACAACACAACAGCAAUCACAACCUCCACCACAACCACCGAGGAGGCCGAUGGAUUUUGAUCUGAAUGACGGCCCAUCGUUGGAGGAGAGUGGUAGUGAAGAGCCUGCCGUACACCCCUUUAUGUUACGAAAGCCUCCAGCUGGAAUUGUAGGGUCCUCGGUAAUGACACUUACAGGCCUGAGGAUGGGAGGUGGUGAUACUAUGAGCUUGUCACCGUGGGCGUUCACUGUUUCUGGUAAUGGUAAUCCUGGGGUUGCUGUUCCCCAUUCGGGAUUUGCAGUUGCUAAUGCGCCUGCUCCUCAUUCAUUUUUGAACUCCAGUGCUGGCGCUGGCCCUUUUCCAGCCUCUGCUGCCGCAGGAAGUGGUGUCAGUGGCGAGAUGUUCGGGGCUGGUGGUUUAGGGUUCGCACCCCCUACAGUGGUGUAUCCUGGAUCAGAAAGGAUGACAUUUGGAGGGCCUCAUGUGCCUUAUCCAAUGCUAGGAAAUUCUCCAGGUUUUCUUUCAUCUUCUGCUCCUUUUCCGGUGACGUCCACACCAUUCGGUGAGAUGCCUAAUUCGCUCCCUUUUACAUCGAUGAGUUCCCAACCCUUGGUGACCCCCGGGACUAUGACUUCUCCAUAUUUGAUGGGCAUGACAGAGAUGGGUCCCGUAGGAAAUGUUGGACCAGAACACGCCUGGAGCAGGCUUAGUUUGGACUUGAACUCAGGUCCUGAGGCAGGUGAGAGUGAGGGCACGAGGGAGGAUGUCUUGCACGGGAGAUUACCGCCGCUGCAUCCAGGGGCGCCACCGUUCUCAGAUUUUAGUGCCACUCUUGCCCAAGUAGCAGCAUCAAGCAAUACCCCGCUCCCUCCACCAGUGAAGCGGAAGGAACCAGAGGGAGGAUGGAACCUCCACUCAGGGGUAGGAAUAUAUAAGCAAUCAACGUGGCGGUGAUUGAUAUAUACACGAGUAUUUAUUUAUUUAUUUAUUUGUGUACAGUCAAACUGAGACAGCUCUCAGGCAUCCGGUGGAGUCCCGCAGGCAAAUUUUCUUUGUGAACGACUCCAGCUAGCCUAACGGUGAGCGGUUCUUGGCUUUUCUUUUCACCGAAGGACACCUCUUCCUUGUUCUUUAAGCUGGCAAGGUGGCAGGCCAUUGGGCGAAUCGAGUGUGAAUUUGGGCUCCAUCAAAUCGACAGUUUGAUGACGUUUGGCAUGAGGACUGACAGUUAUUGAUUUUAGAACAUAAGAAUUGGGUCAGAACGAGAUGUGAGCGCACAGCCUUGAUUGCUCGUGCAUGCUCUGAAGAUGGCAUCUUAGCCGAUGUUCACUCUCGGGGAGGUCGUGUGGUCCUUCUGCCCUGGCAGAACAAUUUGUUAAUAUCUGUCAGUUGGGGCCUCCAGGACAGUUUAUUUUUUUAUUUUUUUAUUUUUUAUCUCCUUUUCCUUUUUUUUCCUUUUUUCCUUAAAAAUUUGAAUGUUAAAUCUGUAUCUGUAGUUGCCUAGAUCUUUAGUGGUCCUAGAGUAUCUUUAUUAUCCUAAGUCCAGGGCCAUGUUAUCAUGGUUGCAUACCCCCUGAUAGUCGUGCUUUGGCGAUGUGCAGUCAUGGUUUGUGUAUCUGUGAAAGAGUAUGGUCACCAUCUGACAAUUUUUGGUUUGUUAUUACGUGUUCAUGGAAUCCAAUCCCUUUUCAAAACCUA